AUGAACGCGAUCCGUCAAACCCAGGCGUUGAACAAGCGGGAACUGGAAAAUGCAACACCGCCUUCCGCAUCAUGGCACGCAGAUUACAGAGACACAGCGUACAUCUACAUUGGCGGUCUUAACCUAGACCUGACCGAAGGCGACGUGGUCACCAUCUUCUCGCAGUUCGGCAACCCCACACACCUCAACCUGAUUCGAGACAAGGAGACGGGCAAGAGCAAAGGCUUUGCAUUCCUGAAAUACGAAGACCAGCGCAGCUGCGACUUGGCCGUGGACAAUUUGACGGGGGCCGAUAUCCUCGGGAGACUGAUACGGGUCGACCACACGCGGUACAAGAAGAGGGACGACGAGGACGAAGAUACCUAUCGCAUUGGCCGUCUGGAGGCAGAGGCCGAGGCAGAUGUGAACGGCAACGGGAAGAGGGGGAGCGAUGACACCGAGGAUGACGACGAACGCGGGUCGAGACACAGACGGAAGAAGCACCGACCCGCGUUGAGGGAAGAGCAGGAGUUGGAACAGAUGCUCGCCAUCACCCAGGACGGCGACGCGGGAGAAGAAGACCCCAUGCGCGAGUACCUGAUCCGGGAGAAAAGGGAGGAAGUGGAAAGGGCCAAAGAGCGCCAGAGAAGCAAGAAAGAUAAACAUCGACACAGAAGAAGAGACAGCGGGGACGAGGACGAGAAGAGACGACACAGGCACAGACACCGGGACGAGGACGAAGACCGUACGAAGGACGAACACAAACGUCGCCGUCACGGAGAUGAGGAAGACGAUGCCGCGGAGGAGAGGCGACAUCGACGCCGACACCGACACCGCGAUGAAGAGGAUCACGGCCGAGAUCGUUCAGAGCGGACUAGGCACAGUGAACGAGACACAGACAGAGAUCAUGGCGAAUCCAAGAAGAGCCACCGUGAUCGUGAUGAGAAGAGGGAAGACCGUGGGUGGCGGCGCAGAAGAUCUGAUAGUCGCGAUAGAAAUCAGGUUUAG